CCGGUACCAAGCAAAUUUCGCAAUGGCAGCUACGCGACGUCUGCAGCAGACUUUAUCCCAUAUUCAGCCGCCAAAGGUGCCUGAACAACUCUCAAUUGUCUAUGGCCCUACACAACCCCCCCUACUAGAUAUCACUCUUGGAGAGUUACUCGCAUUACAGAAUCUUCAGUAUGGCGAACAUGAGUGCCUUGUGUUUCCAUGGACUGGAACUCGAUGGACAUAUUCCGACCUGAAUGAUGAGGCAGAUAGUCUGGCUCGGGGUCUAUUGGCUAUGGGUAUUCACAAGGGAGAUCGUGUGGGAAUUAUGGCCGGCAAUUGCGAACAAUAUAUUUCCGUUUUCUUUGCUGCUGCGCGUGUUGGGGCUGUUUUAGUGGUGCUCAAUAAUACUUACACGCCCUCGGAGCUCUACUAUGCUCUGGAACAUACAGAUUGCCGAUUGUUAUUUAUGACGCCUCGCAUUGGCCGUCACUCACUAGAGGAGGUUCUCUCAAAACUGGGCCCUUAUCCCAAGCGGAAAGGAUCAUCAGCUGCCCUGGAAGAGAUCGUCAUUUUGCGGGGUGAACACUCGGACUUCCCAACAUACAACAGCGUUCAUCAAAGAGGAUUAUCGGUUUCGAGAAAUGCGUUGCUGGAUCGCCAGGCACAAUUGAGACCCGACGAUGUCUGUAAUCUACAGUUUACCAGCGGCUCAACCGGAAACCCCAAAGCGGCGAUGCUGACCCAUCAUAACCUUGUUAACAACUCACGCUUCAUUGGAGACCGAAUGGACUUUACAUCCUUUGAUGUCCUCUGCUGUCCCCCACCUCUGUUCCAUUGUUUCGGUCUCGUUCUUGGUAUGCUAGCGGUUGUCACACAUGGAGCAAAGAUCGUCUUCCCUAGCGAGACGUUCGAUCCAAAUGCAGUUCUCCACGCAAUCUCCGAUGAGAAAUGCACCGCCCUCCAUGGCGUGCCGACUAUGUUUGAAGCCAUCCUGAGCCUCCCCAAGCCACCGAACUUCGACACACGCAACCUGCGCACCGGAAUCAUCGCUGGAGCGCCUGUUCCACGCCCAUUGAUGAAGAGAUUAUUCAAAGAAUUGAACAUGACACAAUACACUAGCAGCUACGGCCUAACAGAAGCAUCACCAACAUGUUUCAACGCAGUUACAACAGACACCAUCGAAACACGCCUAAGAACAGUAGGCAAAGUGAUGCCUCAUGCGAAGGCAAAGAUCAUCGACGGAGAAGGCCACAUCGUCCCGGUUGGCCAACGAGGCGAACUAUGCAUGGCGGGCUACCAACUGACAAAAGGAUACUGGAAUAAUCCAGAAAAGACCGCCGAAACGCUCAUCACCGAUGCGGACGGCACCACGUGGUUGAAAACAGGGGAUGAGGCCAUCUUCGACCCACAAGGCCGCUGCACCAUCACUGGCCGAUUCAAAGAUAUCAUCAUACGCGGUGGAGAAAAUAUUUAUCCGCUAGAAAUCGAGGAGCGCCUGGCCAGCCACCCGGCUAUUGAAGUUGCAUCGGUGAUCGGCAUUCCUGACCACAAGUACGGUGAGGUGGUUGGGGCAUUCAUCGCCCUCGCUCCCGGUUACGAGGACAAGCGACCUUCGGACGAAGAGUUACGGGCUUGGACACGCGAGAAAUUGGGUCGUCAUAAGGCUCCACAGCAUGUGUUCAUAUUCGGCGAGGAGGGUGUGGACCGGACAAUUCCUGUUACGGGCAGUGGGAAGGUCCGGAAGGUGGAUUUGCGGAAGGCUGCGGCAAAUGUGCUGGAACUGCGUGCGAAAGCAAACUAAGGAGGCUUCUUCUGCCAUUAGCACGAUAUAGAACUGUACAUAGCUAGAUGAAUACCCUAGUAGUAAUU